CAGAACAUUGUGUGUCUUCUCUUUAGCAUUACUGCUGGAGGUGUAAUGGAUGUUAACACCGCUCUGCAAGAAGUGCUGAAGACCGCACUUAUCCACGAUGGCCUUGCUCGCGGUAUCCGUGAGGCAGCCAAAGCCUUGGACAAACGCCAAGCCCAUCUCUGUGUUUUGGCUUCAAACUGUGAUGAACCCACAUAUGUAAAAUUAGUUGAAGCACUCUGUGCAGAACAUCAGAUCAACUUAAUAAAGGUUGAUGACAACAAGAAGCUGGGCGAAUGGGUGGGUCUCUGCAAGAUCGACAGAGAAGGAAAACCUCGCAAAGUGGUGGGCUGCAGUUGUGUGGUUGUCAAAGACUAUGGCAAGGAAUCUCAGGCCAAAGAUGUCAUCGAAGAAUACUUCAAGUGCAAGAAAUGAAUGACAAAUAAAUUUUGAACCAGUCUAGUGUA